AUGGGGGCGCAGGACCGGCCGCAAUGCCACUUCGACAUCGAAAUCAACCGGGAGCCGGUUGGUCGAAUUAUGUUUCAGCUCUUUUCAGAUAUAUGUCCAAAAACAUGCAAAAACUUCCUUUGCCUAUGCUCAGGAGAGAAAGGCUUUGGGAAAACAACUGGGAAGAAGUUAUGUUAUAAAGGUUCUACAUUCCAUCGUGUGGUUAAAAACUUUAUGAUUCAGGGUGGGGACUUCAGUGAAGGUAAUGGAAAAGGUGGAGAAUCAAUUUAUGGUGGUUAUUUUAAAGAUGAAAACUUUAUUCUCAAACAUGACAGAGCGUUCCUUUUGUCAAUGGCAAAUCGAGGGAAACAUACCAAUGGUUCCCAGUUUUUCAUUACCACAAAACCUGCUCCACACCUGGAUGGGGUGCAUGUUGUCUUUGGACUAGUUAUUUCUGGUUUUGAAGUAAUCGAACAAAUUGAAAAUCUGAAAACUGAUGCUGCAAGUAGACCUUAUGCAGAUGUACGAGUUAUUGACUGCGGGGUGCUUGCCACAAAGUCAACAAAAGACGUUUUUGAGAAAAAAAGGAAGAAGCCAACUCAUUCAGAAGUCUCGGAUUCCUCUUCCAAUUCCUCAUCCUCUUCAGAAUCAUCUUCAGAAAGUGAAAUUGAACAUGAGAAAAGCAGAAGAAGGAAACAUAAGAGGAGACCGAAAGUUAAACACUCUAAAAAGAGGCGAAAGGAAGCAAGCAGUUCAGAAGAGCCAAGGAGUAAACAUAUAAUAAGCCCAAAAGGUCACUCUGAGAGGAGUGAUACCAAUGAAAAAAGAUCUAUUGAUUCAAAUGCUAAAAGGGAAAAGCCUGUGGUCCGCCCAGAAGAGAUUCCUCCAGUGCCCGAGAACCGAUUUUUACUGAGAAGAGAUAUGCCUCUUGUCACAGUGGAGCCUGAACCGAAAAUUCCUGAUGUUACACCCAUUGUAAGUGACCAAAAACCAUCUGUGUCAAAGUCUGGACGGAAGAUUAAAGGAAGGGGCACAAUUCGCUAUCACACACCUCCAAGAUCAAGAUCCUGUUCUGAAUCAGAUGAUGAUGAUAGCAGUGAAACUCCUCCUCACUGGAAAGAAGAAAUGCAGAGAUUAAGAGCAUAUAGACCACCUAGUGGAGAAAAAUGGAGUAAAGGAGAUAAGUUAAGUGACCCCUGUUCAAGCCGAUGGGAUGAAAGGAGCUUAUCCCAGAGAUCCCGAUCAUGGUCCUAUAAUGGAUAUUAUUCAGAUCUGAGCACAGCAAGACACUCUGAUGGUCACCAUAAAAAACGCAGAAAAGAGAAAAAGGUUAAACAUAAAAAGAAAGCUAAAAAGCAGAAACAUUGCAGAAGGCACAAACAGACUAAGAAGAGAAGGAUUAUUGUACCGUCUGACAUAGAAUCCUUAAAAUCUUCAACCCGACGAGUGAAAUCCUCAUGUGAUAGAGAAAGGAGAUCUCAUACUUCCUUGUCAUCAUCUCAUCACUCUUCCAAGAGGGAUUGGUCUAAAUCUGAUAAGGAUGACCAGAGCUCUUCAACCCAUUCCAGCAGAGACUCAUACAGAUCAAAAUCUCACUCGCAGUCUUAUUCUAGAGGAAGCUCAAGAUCAAGGACUGCCUCAAAAUCUUCAUCACAUUCUCGAAGUAGAUCAAAGUCCAGAUCUAGUUCUAAGUCGGGGCACCAAAGAACAGCAUCAAAAUCACCGAGAAGAACAGCCUCUCAGUUAAGUGAAAAUAAACCUGUUAAAACAGAACCUUUAAGAGCAACAGUGACACAAAAUGAAAGUGUUGUAGUACAACCAGUGGUGGCAGAAAAUAUUCCUGUUAUACCACUGAGUGACAGCCCCCCUCCUUCAAGGUGGAAGCCUGGGCAGAAGCCCUGGAAGCCCUCUUAUGAGCGAAUCCAGGAAAUGAAAGCUAAAACAACCCAUUUGCUGCCCAUCCAAAGCACUUAUAGUUUAGCAAAUAUUAAAGAGACUGGUAGUUCAUCGUCCUACCAUAAAAGAGAAAAAAAUUCAGAAAGUGAUCGUAGUGCUUAUUCAAAAUACAGUGAUAGAAGUUCAGAAAGUUCACCAAGGUCAAGGAGCAGAUCUUCUAGAUCUUAUUCCAGAUCAUACACAAGGUCUCGAAGUUCAGCUAGUUCACAUUCACGGUCUAGAUCUCCCUCAUCUAGAUCUCAUUCACGAAAUAAAUACAGUGACCAUUCACGGUGUAGUAGAUCAUCUUCGUACUCUUCUGUUAGCAGUGAUGAUGGAAGACGAGCCAAGAGAAAAUUUAGAUCCAGUGGGAAAAAAAGUUACACCUCAAAUAGAAGGCACAGCAGCAGCUCUGAAAAAGCACUUCGUAACAGAUAUGUCAAAGGCAGAGACAAGUCUUCCUGUCAUAGAAAGUACAGUGAAAGCAGAUCAUCUUUAGAUUACUCUUCAGACAGUGAACAGUCAAGUGUUCAGGUUACGCAGUCAGCCCAGGAGAAGCAAGUCCAAAUGGAAGUGAAUAAUAAACAGGAGAAAAACAGAGAUGAAGAGAAAUCUAAGCCUGAACGGGAAUGGCCUCGUUCAAAAAAAAGAACUUUGAAAGAAAAUCUUUCUGAUCACUUUAGAAAUAGCAGUAAGCCCAAAAGGAAGAAUUACGCUGGGAGUAAGUGGGACUCUGAGUCAAAUUCUGAACGAGAUGUAACUAAAAACAAUAAAAGUAGUCCCCGGCCAUCUUCUGAUAAGGAGGAAGGUGAGGCCACUUCAGAUUCUGAGUCAGAGUCUGGUGAAAUUCACAUCAAAGCCAAACCCACAACUAAGUCUUCAGCAAAUACUUUACUGCCUGAUGGUAACAGUGCCUGGAAAUCAAGCAAACAGCGCUCCUCAACCUCUGAUUCUGAGGGAUUCUAUUCCAAUUCAGAAAACACUAGAGGAAAGCCACGUAAGCAUAAACACAGCUCAAAGGAGAAUAUUAAAAGGGAACACACCAAAAAAGCAAAAGAGAAAUUAAAAGGAAAAAAAGAUAAAAAGCACAAGACUCCAAAACGAAAACAAGCAUUUCACUGGCAGCCUCCGCUAGAAUUUGGUGAAGAGGAGGAGGAGGAGAUUAAUGAAAAGCAAGUUACUCAGGAGGCAAAAGAGAAAAAACAAGUUUCUAAAAAUAGUGAAACCAUAAAAGAAAAUAUUCCCCAAACCGAGAAGCCUUGUGAAGACGGCAGCCUUUCAGGUAAACAUAGCACAAUAAUUUCAUCAGAUAUUGAUCAGCCUACUAAAGAUGAUGUUAAACUCAGCAUUUCUCCUGUUACUGUAAACACUGAUGAAAAUGUAGUCAGUUCUCCUCCAAACAUUCAGCAGAUUGAAGAGAGCAUCCCAAGUGGAGCAGAGGAUAUGCUUCAAGCAGAUGACAACAUGGAGAUUUGCACUCCUGAUCGGAGCUCCCCAGCAAAGGCCGAGGGGGCUUCCCCUCUAGGAAAUUCAAGGCUUGAUGCCCCGGAUAUAAGCAUUGUUCUAAAGCAGGAUAUGCCAGCAGAGUGUCCUGAGGCAGAGUCGAGAAAACAGGAAAGCAGCAUGUCAGAAAUCAAAGUGGUGGGUGAGGUGGGAAAACAGGAUAGCGGCUCUUCCAGCUUGGCCAGUGCUGCAGAAAGUGCCAUAAAGAAAGAGGCAGCUGAGAAGAGUCAGACCAGCCUCAUGGAUAAUAAAUGGAAGCCCUUACAAGGUGUGGGGAACCUUGCAGCACCAUCUGCUACCACAUCCAGUGCCACGGACGUUAAGGCAUUGACUGCUGUGCCUGAAGUGAAACCACAGGGUUUGAGAAUAGAAAUUAAAAGCAAAAAUAAAGUUCGACCUGGGUCUCUCUUUGAUGAAGUUAGAAAGACGGCACGCUUAAACCGGAGGCCAAGAAAUCAAGAGAGUUCAAGUGAUGAGCAGACACCUAGUCGAGAUGGUGAUAGCCAGUCCAGGAGUCCAAGUAGAUCUAGAAGUAAGUCUGAGACCAAAUCAAGACACAGAACACGGUCUGUCUCCUAUAGUCAUUCAAGAAGUCGAUCGAGAAGUUCCACAUCAUCUUAUCGAUCAAGAAGCUACUCUAGAAGUCGGAGCAGAGGGUGGUACAGCAGAGGCCGCACAAGGAGCCGGAGCAGCUCCUACCGCAGUUACAAGAGUCAUAGAACAUCCAGCAGGAGCAGAUCCAGGAGCAGCUCCUAUGAUCCCCGCAGUCGGUCCAGCAGGUCUUACACUUAUGAUAGCUACUAUAGCAGGAGUCGGAGCCGAAGUAGAAGCCAGAGGAGUGACAGUUAUCACCGAGGCAGAAGCUACAAUAGGCGAUCCAGGAGUUGUAGAUCUUAUGGCUCUGACAGUGAAAGUGACCGAAGUUACUCUCAUCACCGAAGUCCCAGUGAAAGCAGCAGAUAUAGUUGA